AUGGAUUCAGUAAUGGAGAACGCAGGUCCUUCCACGCAACCCGAGGCAGGUUCGGUAGAUCCUCAUGAUAUGACAUCGCGAGACUAUUAUGCCGACUCAUAUGCUCAUUUUGGUAUCCACGAAGAGAUGCUGAAGGACACCGUCCGAACUGGAUCAUAUCGUAACGCCAUCGUCAACAACGCCCACCUCUUCAAAGGAAAGACCGUGCUGGAUGUUGGGUGUGGGACGGGGAUUCUGUCUAUGUUUGCAGCCAAGGCUGGUGCGAAGCAUGUCGUUGGAAUCGACAUGUCGAAUAUCAUUGAGCAAGCUCAAAAAAUCAUCGAAGCUAAUGGCUUCAAAGAUGUUAUAACACUCGUCAAGGGUAAACUUGAAGAGGCCGAGCUGCCCAUCAAAGAGUUCGAUAUCAUCAUCUCGGAAUGGAUGGGCUACUUCCUUCUCUACGAGUCGAUGCUCGACACUGUCCUCCUUGCUCGUGACAAGUACCUGAAAAAGGGCGGCCUCAUCUUUCCCGACACAGCGACUCUCUUCCUUGGUGCGAUCGAAGAUCAGGAAUACAAGGAGGAGAAAAUCAACUUCUGGGAUAACGUGUAUGGCUUCGACUAUUCAUGUAUUAAAGACAUCGCUAUACGCGAGCCUCUGGUCGACACCGUCGAACUGAAGUCAGUCGUUACUGACCCUUGUAUGAUCAAGCACAUCGAUCUUCUGACCGCGAAGAAAGAAGAUCUGACAUUUGAGGCUCCCUUCAAUCUGACAUGUCACCGUGACGAUUAUGUACAUGCGUUCUUGGCUUGGUUCGACAUCUCCUUCGAAUGCACGCACAAGAAAGUAAAAUUCUCUACUGGUCCUCAUUCUACUUAUACCCACUGGAAACAAACGGUGUUCUAUACCUCCUCUACCCUACCAGUGCACGAGAACGACCGUAUCGUCGGACAUCUCUCGUGCGCACCAAACUCGCGCAAUAACCGCGACCUCGACAUCACGAUCAAGUAUAAACUAGAAAGCGACGAGCAGGAGGCGGUUAUGCACUACAAAAUGUAUUAA